AUGGAAACACACGGUGAGGAUAUAGCUAUUGUUGGCAUAGGAUGUAAUUUUCCUGGAGGAGAAGGCAUUGAUAAUUUCUGGAAAGUCCUUCUUCAGGGAAGAAACUGCGUGGAUGAUAUUCCACCAAAUCGGUUCAAUACGAAAUUCUGGCAUGAUACUGAUGACAACAAAGCAGGAAAAAUGAUCACAAAACGAGCAAGUUUAAUCGAAGGGUUUAAUGAAUUCGAUCACAAGCUGUUUAACAUAAGUCAAACAGAAGCCAAUAGUAUGGACCCACAGCAUAAACUUCUGUUAGAGUGCACAUACAAAGUGUUUGAAAAUGCAGGGAUGCCUAUGGAAGACAUCAGUGGGAGUAAAACUGGUGUUUUCAUUGGACUCAUGAAUCGUGAUUAUGAAGGGAUUUUAAAUAGUGCCGCCAACAAAAUCACCCAUUAUAAUGGGACAGGGUCAGCAAUGAGUAUAGCAGCAAAUAGGAUUUCCUUUGCUUUCAACCUCACUGGACCAUCACUGGCUAUUGAUACAGCAUGCUCUUCAUCGCUUGUCGCUUUACAUUAUGCUGCUCAGGCUAUCAAACAAGGUGAUUGUGAGAUGGCAGUUUGUGGAGGUGUGAGCUGUAUAAUUGAGCCAAGGAUUAAUGUAGCACUUAGCAAAGCAAAAAUGAUAUCUCCGGAUGGAAUGAGCAAACCAUUUUCCAUCAAAGCCAAUGGGUACGGAAGAGGCGAAGGUUGUGGCAUUCUGCUGUUAAAGCCGCUAGCAAAGGCUCAGAAGGAUCAUGACCAUAUUUGGGGUGUAAUAGUCUGUAGUGCAAUCAAUCAGGAUGGCAGAACAGUCACACCUAUCACUAGACCCUCCCAAAAGCAGCAGGAAGAAUUGUUGAAAAGUAUUUAUCCCAGAAAGGUUGACCCAUCACAGAUUCAGUACAUGGAGGCUCAUGGAACUGGAACACCGGCUGGUGAUCCGACUGAAGCAGCCAGCAUAUCAAAUAUUAUUGCCCGAUCCAGACACUCUGGUUUUCCUCCACUUACAAUGGGUUCAGUCAAAGGAAACAUUGGUCACACAGAAUCAGCUGCGGGAGCUGCAGGUUUAAUUAAAGUUCUCCUGAUGAUGCAUCAUGGAAAAAUUGUACCAUCGCUCCACUACUCUGAGGAGAAUUCAAGCAUCAAUGCAAAAGCUUUGAAUCUACAUAUUCCAACUAGUGUGAAGAACUGGGAAGAAAAGUGGGAAAAAGAGAAGAUGGCAGGGAUCAACUCAUUUGGAUUUGGAGGGACAAAUGCUCAUGUGGUCAUAAGGCAGUUCAAGCAGGAUUCGGGUCAAAUCUCUGGACAAAAACCUCUUGAAAUAUUUGUGCUUUCUGCUGCCUCCCAGAAUUCAGUUAGAAUGAUGAUAAAGGAUACAAGUAACCAAAUAAGGGAAAGUGAAGAUGUAAUUCUUCACAAGCUGGCAUACACAUCUGCAUGCAGAAGAAGCCAUAAGAAUUACAGAUACAGGAAAGCAUUUAUUGCUUCUUCCCUUGGGCAUCUCCAACAACAGCUUAGAUCAGCUGCAGACAGUGAAGUGGCUCAGGUCAAGACAGAUGUAAAAUUGAUAUAUGUGUUUUGUGGCAAUGGUGUUUUAUAUCAAGGUAUGUGCAAGAAACUUCUACAACUAGAACCAAGGUUCAGGGCACAGAUCGAAGAGAUAGAAAGAAUACUGCAACGGUACACAGACAUCAACUUAAUGGAUUUAAUUGAAAAUGACUGCGACGACUUCACAAAACCAGACCUAGCACAGCCACUGCUUUUUGGCAUCCAGGUAGCAAUAGUGACUCUUUUGAAGUUUUGGGGAAUUCAGCCUGACAUCAUCAUUGGGCAUUCAGUUGGGGAAGUUGCUGCAGUAUAUUGUGCUGGGAUACUUUCAUUACAAGAUGCUGUAAAGGUGCUUUAUCACAGAAGUGCAUUGCAAUCAACAGUAACAGGAGGGAAAAUGUUGGUGGUUAGUAACUUACCCGUGUCAAAAGUGUCAGAUAAACUUGAUUCAUAUUCAGGGAGACUCUGCAUUGCUGCAUUCAAUAGUCCCUCGUCAUGUACAGUGUCAGGUGAUGCCAAUGCAAUAGACAAAUUGCAUACAGAUUUACAGAGUUCAUUUAAUGACAAAAAUAUAUUCCUUCACAUUUUGGAUGUUCCUGCAGCAUAUCACAGUCAUUUGAUGGAACCAAUCUUAAAGCAAGUGGAAGAGAGUAUCGGUAACUUACAGAAAUGUGAAACAAAAGUUAAAGUAAUUUCCACUGUUACUGGACAAUUGGUUUCAGGAAAUGACUGCGUGACAGGAAAGUAUUGGUCUAGAAAUAUUGAAAAUCCUGUUGUUUUUGAACAAGCCAUUAGAAAUGCUGUUGCAGAGGUAAAAAAUGCAGUGUUUGUUGAAAUAGGACCAAGAAGGGCCUUACAAAGGUACAUUAAAGAAAUUGUAGGAAAUGGGGCUCAGGUGUUUCCUGCAGUGCAGCCAGAAAGAGAUUAUGAAACUCUGCUUUCAGUUUUAUCAGGGCUUUUCGAAAUGGGAUACAAUCCUAAUUGGCAAAAUAUCUUUGGAGAAUGUAAGACCGUUCCAACAUUGUAUCCGUGUUAUAAGUUUGAUCGCACUAAGCUCAGCAUUAAUUUUGAAGAUUUUAGGCAGGGUAAUGAAAAAGUGUCAUCUGUAACUCAUCCCCUUCUCAGCAGUUCAAACAAAGAUGGCAAGGAGUACAAUUACAACCUAACACUGGCAACAGCACCGUACCUGUUGGAUCACAAAAACAAUGAAGUACCUAUAUUACCUGGUUCCAUGCAUGUAGAGCUUGCAUUAGCAUCUGCCAUGGCAAGUAUUAAACCAAAGAUACCUCUCAGGUUGUGCCAAAUCAGUAUUGCUUUCUUGAAUCCCUGUAUUGUGCAACCAAACUCCACAGAGCUCAAGGUACAACUUAAUAGGGAAGACAAAGUGACUGAAUUUACUGUUAUGGCAUCAACUGUUUCUUAUGCAAAAGGAGAGGUUCAACAAAACAUGGAAUGCAGUGCUGAAGAAAAUAUUCUUUCCCUUGAGCAUAUUUUGCAAAGAGUCAAUGAAAGGAUAAAGGCAGAAGAUAUCUAUGUAGACAUCUCUUCUUUAGGCUUCCAGUAUGAUUCAGUCUUCAGAAACCUUGGAGAUGUGUUCUGUUCAUAUGAACUAGAGGAAGCUAUAACAUAUGUCAAGGUACCAGAUGAACUUGUACUGCAGAUGCAUGAAUACUGCAUUCAUCCAGUUAUUUUAGAUUACUACAUGCAAAUGGCUGCUAUUCUGGCAAUGAAAAUGUCAAACCUGAGGGCAGGAUUCCCGACUUCCAUCGGGAGUUUGGUAGUAUGUCGACCAAUGCAACAGGAAAUGACUAUCUACAUGAGGACCUGUAAAAAUACUGCAGAAUUUUAUGAGGUUUCUGGUGCAUUUACAGAUAGAAAGGGCAUGGUCAUUGCUGAAUUGAAAAAUGUCAGAAUUACAUUCCUUGGGCAAGGCAAUUCCACAGGAUUUAAUAACUUUUCCUAUGAAAAUACUUGGGAGGAAAUUGAUCACCUUGCCAAAGGUGUAGAUAGUCCUUCUGCACCAAAAUCAUUAGUAUUUGCAGAUAACAUUGGAGUUGCUAAAAGUCUGCAAAAGCACUUGCAUAGGCAGUCCUCUUAUGUUCCUUACCAGGAUCCAGAGACCUUGAUGGAUAGAGCAGUUACACAGAUUUUACAACAGCACAAUGUGACUGAUUUGAACAGCUUUGACGAAGUGCUAUUCUUAUGGGGGAUGAAAAAUGUAACUGACCAGAACAGCAAAGCAGUGGUGGAUCACGUCAGCAGCUGCUGUGAGGUUUAUCGGCAAAUCCUACAACUGGUUCGAGGGAAGAGAUCCUCAAAGUCUGUCAGAAUAAUCACCUACAGGACAUCUGAGAAAACAGUGGAUGAAAUCACUGCAGGUUUUGCCUUAUGGGGAAUGACCAGAUCAUGCCUCGUAGAACUUCAAGAGAUUUCUUUUCAGCUGAUUGACAUUGGCUCUACUAGUGAGGCUGAUAUUGCAGCCUUAGCUAACACGAUUAGCCUGCCUCAUAAUUACCCUGAAAUAAUGAUUCGACUAGGCAAGGUACAUAUCUCACGUGUCAAGCGAGCAGCCAAUAUAAGUUCCAACAAUAUUUUCAACAUUGUACCUUAUUCUGGUUGUGAAAAUGUAAUUUUCCAGACAAUGAAUCCUUACAAAGUUGUAGAUUUUCAUGCAAAGUCUCAAGAAAGGAAAAUGAUUGAACCUGCAAAACAAACAGCAUUUGUUAAGAUCGAUACAAUGUGCAUUCAUUCUUCAGAUUAUUUUCCGGUCAGUGUCUCUGUUAAGAACUUUGGACAGACACUGUACUGGAACACAACCAUGAUUAAAGGAUACGAGCUAAUUGCUCUCGACUUCAGUGGUACAGUCACAGCUGUCAGCAAAGAUGUAAAAACCUGCAAAGUAGGAGAUCACGUUGUUACAUGUUAUCCUGUUGCUGCAUUAUCAACAGUCAGUCUUCCUGCAUCCGUUUGUUUCAAAAGCAGCAAAAUUCCAUUUCUGAAGCAGACACCCUGUGUUUCAUACUUCAUACUUGCCUGGGAAAUACUCCAUAACACUCUACCUCGUGUUAAGUAUCACAAAUGCUUGUCAAUUCUUUCCUUAGCAGCAGAAUCUUGUCUCAGUAAAGUGCUGUCUCUGGCAGCUGAGUCAUUGGGCUGGAAAGUACAGGUUCAAACAGAACUUACUGACCUUUCACAAGCAGUUCUUAAUUCUGAUGCAUUGCUUUUCCUGCCACCUAUUAAGUCCACCCUAGUCACAAAGGUCGUUAACAACUCUUCUGCUGGGCAUGUUGUUGUUCUCUUUGAUAACAACCAAGCAUUUGAAACUUCUCAGAACAUACUUGGUUAUGAAAAGGAUCACGUUCAAAUUCACUUUUUGCAGGUAGCUAACAUACUUAAAAGGUGGUAUCUUAAAAAGUCUGCUGAUGAUGUUUAUAAGUGGAUGAGGUCAUUGCGCUUAAAGAGCAAACAGCUUGAUUUUCCGAGGACUAAUCUUCACUCAGUGACCUGUGAUGUGGGUGAAUGUGGGGAAGAGUCCUACUUCACCUGCAAAGCUGUCUCAGUUGUGGAUCUGAAAACAAAUGCUGUAAAUGGUAAGAUUUCAGAGAUACCAGUGUACCAGAGUCAAAAACAACUUUUUCGUAAAGAUGCUGCAUAUAUAGUGACAGGGGGACUUUCGGGGCUUGGCUUUCAGACAGUAAAUUUUAUUGCUAAACAUGGGGGAGGAUAUGUCAUUAUUCUGUCAAGAAGUGUUCCACCUGCUGAGAAGCAGGAAGAAUUUAAAGAACUCUGGAAACAGUUUGGGACAAGUGUAGUGAGCAUUACCUGUGACAUCUCAAACCUGUCAAACGUUGAGUUAGCCAUCAGUCGUUUUCUUCACUCCUUCCCAAAGAUCCCAAUUAAAGGAGUGUUUCACAGUGCUGUUGUAUUACACGAUGGCCUCAUUCAGGCUCUAAAUAAAUCAUUGUUUGACAAAGUUUUGGGUCCCAAAAUUGCAGGAGUUCUGAAUCUUCACUAUACAACAAAAUCCUUCCCACUGGACUACUUUGUAUGCUACUCAUCAAUUGCAUCAUUCGUUGGGAAUUCUGCCCAGGCAAACUAUUCUGCAGCAAACUCUUUUCUUGACUUCUUUGUGCAUUACAGGAGAAAUCACGGACUAGUAGGGCAGUCUAUAAACUGGGGUGCACUCAACCUUGGCCUAUUACUCAAUAAGGAUAGCAUCCAAAGAUUUCUGGAAUCAAAGGGGAUAAUGAUUUUGGAAAUAUCAGAAAUUACCCAAUGUCUUGAACAAUCCCUAGUUCUGAACAAUCCACAACAAGCUAUCUGUAAAUUUAAUUUCUCCAGUUUAUAUAAUAAUGUUGUGUCUCAAAAUCCAGCAAUCAAGGCACGUCUUUAUUCACUCGUGGUGGAUGAAAUCAGUAAAGCACAAAUCAGUCCAAAAGAAGUUUUAUCCAAUAAUUCACAAAUGACCCCUGAGCAGUAUGUCAUUGCAUUGUUGAGUGAAGUCAGCAAUGCUGAUCCUUCAGAGUUCACAAAAGAAACUUACCUUUCCAGCUUUGGCCUUGAUUCCAUGCUAAGUAUGACAGUGCAAAAUCGUAUUUAUCAGGAAAAAAACAUUAACUUGCCGCUAGUAACAUUUCUUGAUCCGAAAACUACCGUAGGUACUGUUGUGUCACUGCUUGAAGACCAAAAUUCUGGCCAACCACAGUCUGGAGAAACAAAUCUGCCACUGAACAAAUCAUUCAGUGUUGAGCCUGAUGAAAACACCAUUUUCUAA